AUUUCUGUCUUUAUAGCCGGCGCUUUACAGACGAUUGAUCACGUGCCUCUUAGUAAUUGAAAAACAGCUAUAAAAAUACACUCCACCGAGUAAUAAAUUGCUUAUAUUUUAGGAAGCAAGCCAACUGUAGCAAUUAAUUUUGUCUCAAGUAAUAUGCGCAUUCGUACAUGUUGCGGUCCUUGCUUUCGGCGCGCUUCGAUGCACAGAUUCAAAUUUCAUGCUGCAUAGGCCUAUAGUUUCUUCUUUGUGGACUGGACCGACUGACGCUCCUCGUUGUUUGCUCGUCGACGGUCUGCUGCCAUUGAACCACUGCGCUUUGUUACAGUUCGUCCAUCAGGAUACCACCUGUGAUGAUGACAUUGAGGAAAUGCCAAGUUGGCAUUUCAUAUUUGCUAAAGGUGGUGGUUUCCUGACAGGGAAGUCCUUCACACCUUGCAUUGACAACGUUCCUCUGAUGCAAGCAUGCAGUCCUAGAGAGGCGUUCAAGAUAUUAUUCCUGGCACACUUUGCGUCAACUUUGCCCACCCAAAAGAGGCAAGUCUUAUCCUGGAGUUCACUCAUAGGUCAAUUGCCAAUGUCAGUCCCGGAAAGGGCACAACGACUGACCAUACACGUGGGAAACAGCACAACCUGAACCCGAAAGUGCCGUCAUUGAGUAGCUCCCUGAAGGACUUGACGUUCAAACAUAUGUGCCGGCCAACUCGAACAAUAUCCCCGAGAGAUUCCUGAAUCUGGACCCCUUGUGAUACUGGGGGCAUAGUGAACGAAACGGGAAUUGUACAACUAACAGACAAAAAAGCCAAGGCAAGUACAGGGGAUGUUAUUUGUAGUCAUUACGAAGUAAAUGUGAAGAAAGCAAAGUGGAUGAAAAGAUAACAUCGCGCUGGCAGGGACCGAACCUGCGACCUUCAAAUAACGCAUAGUGGCCGCUUGUGAUAGUGUGGGCAUCUCUCGUAUUUCAAGAUGCACAUGUUGGCAACUGCCUGAACUUUUAUGUUCCAUGUCAAUAAACUUGUUCGCAUUUCA